AUGUCCACGCAACCACAACAGAAACGCAAUUUUAGAAGGACGCAAGGGGCACAAAGCAAGCCGAAGAAGGAUCUCGGCAAAAACGGUGAACAAGGAUGGAAAAGAACGUUUUCGCAGGGUAGGGAAGGUGGGGAUACCGCAAGCGAGUUGGAUGAAGAGGACAUAUGUAUCAUCUGCGCGGAGAAGAUCAAGUAUGCUUCGAUCUCGCCCUGCAACCACGUUACUUGCAACCGGUGCACCUUCAGGCAGCGCGCAUUAUACAACAAGAGGUCCUGUCUGGUGUGCAGGACAGAGAGUGACUUGGUUAUUUUCUCUGCGGACAAGAAAGCUGCUUUUGGCGACAUCAAUAGCCAGAGCUUGGUCGACACGAACGACAAAUAUGGCGUCUCUUUCACUUCCAAAGACGCCGCGAGUGCGACGCUGAACCUGCUGCUCUUUACAUGUCCCUUUGGGGACACAGGUUCCACCGAUUACGAAAACUUUAAGAAAUACAAUGCCCACUUGAAAAACGCCCACAACAAGACAAUCUGUAUGAUCUGUGCGUCGCACAAAAAGGCAUUUCCCUCUGAGCUGAGGGUCUACACUCCUAAUCAGCUGAGAGUUCAUCAGUCUAAGGGUGACUCAGAGGGUUUUAAAGGACACCCGAUGUGUGGCUUUUGCUCUGGACAGAGGUUCUAUUCCGACGAUGAGCUCAACAUUCACAUGCGCGACCGCCACGAAAGGUGUCACAUCUGCGACCAGGAGAACUCGGCAUCUCCUAGAUACUUCAAGGACUAUGACCAACUUUUUGAGCACUUUAAGUUCGAACACUACAUCUGUACUGUCCAGUCGUGCUUAGAUAGUAAAUUCGUUGUUUUUAGGGACGACCUGGAUCUUCAAGCACACAUUCUUAAGGAACACGGCAGCAUCCUGCGGAAUGGAAACAACAACGCGGCUUUGAAGGGUAGAAAGUACCAAUCACAACUUUCAACUUUUAGCCGGCCCUCGUCAAGAAACUCUAGCACGUCAGAUUUUGGGGGCGUGAGCUCAAAGAAGGAAGACCCCGAGAAUUCGCAGGAAGUGAAGAGAUUAAGAAUGGAAGAAAGAGCCAGGCACUAUUUGAAUUAUUCUCAUACAGACUUUGAGCAAUUCCUCGCAAUAAAUGAGAGCUACAAAAACAAAAUGAUUACUGCACAAGAUGUUUAUAGCGCGUACGAGAACCUUUUCAAGUCGCCUCAAGCCAAUACAGCCUUGCUUCUUUAUGACUUUUCUGAGCUAUUCCCAAAAAAUACCAAGUUCCAUCAAGACCUCCGUGCUAUCUAUGAUAGUGAACAGAAGAAACAAGAUCGGUUCACCAAUUUCCCAUCUCUGAGCAACUCGAGCCCUUCGCUGUUAGCAGGUAAUGUUGUUAGCGGUUCCUGGGGUAGAAAUGGUGGAACCAACAAGGCAGCCCGUCAAUUUAACUUCCCUGCGCUGAAAAAGCCUUCGAGCCCGCAGCCGCUUUUGGUUCCUCAGAAAGUCUCAUAUAGCAAGCCCAAGAGUGCUACACCAAAGGUAGCACCUUCUUUGACUACUCGGAAAUCUUCAUCAACUGAGUCCUUUUACAAGCCUACUUAUUUGGAUAACAAGAAAGCGAGCGUAGCGCCCAGUGCCGCAGUAGACAGAGAAAAGUUUCCACCUUUACCAAAGUCUCAGGCCAAAAAGUUCAGAGCUCCCUUAGUGAACCAGCCUGAUAUUCCGGAUCCUUCGCAAUGGGGUAAAACUCCCCCCAGCUCUCGGCAAAACUCAGAGACAUCUAACCGCGAUACCACCGAUACUGCAUCGCCUAUCCAUGUGAAAAAGGGGAAACAAAAACAGCUUUUGUUUCACAUUGGCAUUUAA